AUGGAGAAGGUAAGCGAUGACGAUACAAUAAACAUCCUUUGCUCUAAACUAAUACUAACCAAAAACGAAGCAGGUCUACAAUGGCUAAUUGGAUCUCCAUUUUUCCCUCCCUUCACUAUCAUUUCCACCUUCAAAUCCAUCCACACCUCUUCUUCCUCUCCGGAUUUCAUCAAAGAAUCAGACGACUUGCGGACGCUGUUGAUAAAAGGAUUUGAUGUAAUCGGAGGGUUGAUUUUUGGUGGUUCAAGUUCUGAUGUUGAGAAGAAUGCUCGCGAGGCGAUUGGUGCGGCGAGGAAAUUGAGAGAGCUUGUUUUUGGUGGAGGGGGAGAGAAAUUGGAGAAUCGAGAAUUGAUUGGUGCGGUCGCGGAUUUGAGUGGCGGCGGGGCUGGUAGUGUUAAAUUUUUUGUGGAGAGAAGUGGGAAUGUGAAGGCUGUUAGUAGUGUUGUUUAUGAAGAGAGUCCGGAGAAGUUUGUUUGGGAGAGAGGGUGUUUGGUUCGGUGUAACCUUCCCAUUAAAAUGCCUGUUUUUAUUCCGGUGAAGAAUGAGACUGUUAGUUUCGAAAAUGGUACUAGAAACAAGACUAAGGGAUUUCCAAAGGAUGGAAGGUUUUUCACUGAGGUGAUAAUUGAUAUUGAUUUUGUGGACGUGAAGGAUAGUGGAGGUGAAGCAGUUGUUAGCAAGUUCAAAGAUCCGCAGGUUACCUACAUGGUAGAAAGAUUAAGCAAAGACAUUUCAGAUGUACCUCAACCUGUCAUCCUCCAUGGUGUAGACUUGGAUUUUAACACAGAUCUCGCAAAUAUCAAGCUUGUGGACAACAAAGCUUCUCAAGAUUCUGAUGCAAAAAAAUUGACUUGCUCACACUUUUGUUUGAAAAGUAAAUCUUCCCUGGGAUUGAUUUCUGCAGAGAAUGCAGGCGUAAUCCAAGUGAGUGUUCUGUCCAAUAGAUCUAGAAAGUCCCCUAAAUCCACAGCACCAUUUGCAGAAUAUUUUCCAGCUUUUGAAGAAGCCAGACUUUUAGUUGUGGAUUUUGAGCUAGAAGUGCUGUGCUAUGCAGCCAAGGAUCUUCUGCUGAUGUCUGCAGUUUCAAAGUUGAUCAUUCCUGCAUUAGUUGACCAGUUCAAUUCAAUGAAAAAGACAGUCUUGCCCAAACUUUUAACUCAACACCCUCAGGCAGUUGAUGAUACCAAAAAGCUCUUGAUUAUUGAAGUCAGAAGAUCUUUACAUGUGAGGCUAGGAUUACCUUUUGAUCGUCCCCUUCUAAGAAUUGCUAAUGCUCUAGAUUUCUCGAUGAUGAAGGAUGGUUCGGGAAACAGCUCAAAACGAAAAGGCCCUUCUUUGCUCAAAGAUGUACACAUUGGGAUUCCAAGUAGUGGGGGGGGCGUUGUCUCUCUGGUUCAAGGUUCUUAUGAAUACCAUCACUAUCUUCAAGAUGGCUUUGAUGAUUCGGGCUGGGGCUGUGCUUAUCGCUCUCUACAGACUAUCAUUUCAUGGUUCAGACUCCAAUAUUACACAUCCAUUGAUGUUCCUUCUCAUAGGGAAAUACAACAAUCACUUGUCGAGAUUGGUGAUAAAGAUCCGUCUUUUAUUGGAUCACAUGAAUGGAUUGGUGCUAUUGAGUUGAGCUUUGUUUUAGAUAAACUUCUUGGCGUAAGUUCCAGAAUCAUAAAUGUUAGAUCAGGAGCUGAGCUACCUGAAAAAUGUCGAGAGCUGGCCUUGCACUUUGAGAAUCAAGGAACACCUAUUAUGAUUGGUGGUGGUGUCCUUGCAUACACCCUUCUUGGAGUUGAUUACAACGAAGCCAGUGGAGAUUGUGCAUUUCUAAUACUUGAUCCUCACUAUACCGGCAAUGACGAUCACAAGAAAAUUGUAAAUGGUGGAUGGUGCGGAUGGAAAAAGGCUGUUGAUAGCAAGGGAAGGAAUUUCUUUUUACAUGACAAGUUCUAUAAUCUUCUCCUGCCACAGAGGCCCAACAUGGUCUAG